AAUACCUUUUUCUCAGUGGGUAAUACCUUUUUCUCAUAGAGUAAAUUGUUGACAUGGCUGGAAAAAAGAAAGAAGUAAGCUUACAGAUGUCUGUCACAAACCAAGAGGCAUGGGAGGAGAUGCUGGCAACUAAAGGGUUAACAGUGGUAGAUGUGUACCAGCAGUGGUGUGGUCCAUGUCGUGCCGUUGUUAGCCUCCUGAGGAAGAUAAAAAAUGAACUGGGAGAUGACCUGUUACACUUUGCCACGGCUGAAGCUGACAGUAUUGAUGCUCUAGAAAGGUACAGAGGAAGAUGUGAGCCCACAUUCCUGUUCUUUGCGGGAGGUGAGAUGGUGUCAGUAUUGAGGGGGGCCAAUGCUCCUCUCCUUCAGAGGAUGGUAUUGGAGGAGCUGGCCAGGGAGAAGAUCAUCCUUGAGCAGGGAGGGGAGAGACGCGUAGUAAAAGACGAAGGGUUGUUAGAUGAUGAAGAAGAGGAGGAAGUAAUUGAGCAGGACCAAAGUGAUGAAGAUAUCAUUGUUCCAGCCAAUAAAUCAUACACGGUGGCCAUCAUUAAACCAGAUGCUGUGGCUCAUGGUAAAGUUAGUGAGAUUAUCAUGAAGAUUCAGGAUGCAGGGUUUGAGAUCCUAGCCCAUGAGGAGCGAACACUCACCAAGUCUGAAGCACAAGAUUUCUACAACCACAAAGCAGGAGAGACCUGUUUUGAGGAUCUGGUCCAGUUCAUGUCUAGUGGUCCCUCCCAUGUCCUGGUGAUCUCACAGCAGGAGGGGUCAGGCAACGUGGUACCAGCAUGGAGGGAGUUCAUUGGCCCAGCAGACAUAGAGGAGGCCAGGAGGGAAAAACCUGAGAGCUUACGUGCCCAGUAUGGAAGUGAAACUCUACUCAAUGCGCUCCAUGGCAGUGAUGACAGCCAGCAGGCUAGCAGGGAGCUGGCCUUCUUCUUCCCCAGCUUUAGGACCUCGUCCCAGGCAGAGCUGCAUGAAAAGGAAGGGCAUGUGGAGAGGACACUGGCUCUUAUCCGCCCUGAUCUCGCCAGGGAGCAGAGAGAUGAGAUCCUGUGUCGUAUACAUGAGGCUGGCUUCACCAUAGCCAUGCAGAGAGAAGUGAUGCUGUCAGAAGACCAGGUCAGACAGUUCUACAAACAACAUGUUGAUCAGGACUACUUCCCAGCUUUACUACACAGCAUGACCAGUGGCCCGGUGUUAGCGCUGGCCCUGGCCAGAACAGGAGCAGUGGACCACUGGAGGAACCUCCUGGGACCUAAAGACAUCACCAGAGCCAGAGAGGAGCAUCCUGACUGUCUGCGGGCACAGUUCACCGUGGCCAAGGAGGAGAGGGAGGAGGACGGAGAACCCUGGAGACAGAUGAACCAGCUCCACGGUAGUGCCAACAGGGAGGAGGCGGAGGAGGAGAUCAACUUUUUCUUCCCGAAACAGCAGACUCUGGCCAUCAUUAAGCCAGAUGCUAUGGAAGAACAUAGAGAGGAGAUCCUGGGUGAAAUCCGUGCCGGGGGUUUCUCCAUCACUCAGCUGAAGGAGAUGGUGUUGUCUAGAGACCUGGCUGAGGAGUUCUACAGCCAACACAGAGACAAGCCGUUCUACAGCCAGCUGGUGGACUUCAUGUGCCGAGGUCCUUGUAUGAUGCUGGUGCUGACUAAGGAGAAUGCUGUAGAGGAGUGGAGGUCCAUGAUGGGUCCCACCGACCCAAAACUGGCCCAGAAGACAGCCCCAGGGUCUCUGAGGGCCCGCUUUGCCUCGGACAUCCUCCACAGCGCCCUCCAUGGCUCCUCCAGUCAGCAGCACGCCCAGGAGAACAUACGGUUCCUGUUUGGUGACAUCACAUCAGAAGGAGACCUGACCAGUGACGGGGCACAUGACCCCCCAGCGUCAGGAAAACAGCAAAACAGUUUUGAAGAUCUGAAGGUUACUGAGAUGACAGACAACAGUGAUGAAAGAAAUCCAGAAGAUUCCGAAAUAAAUCUACAAGAUUCCAAAAUAAAUCUAGAAGAUUCCGUAAGAACUCCAGAUGAUUCCAAGAGCCCAGGAGUUGUUGAGCAGGCCACACCCACUUCAGAGAAGGGGGCCAUGGCAGACACACCUAGUGUCACAAGCACACCAGGGGAAGGAGAUCUGACACCAGUUUCCAACCUUGUUAUUCCCCAGACAACAGAAACUAUAGACCUUCAACAUCAAAGUUAAUGAACUGACCUUUUGCUUGCAACACUGACACUUGACAAGAGCUGCAGUAUGUUGUUACUGCAUUUGAAUGCCUUUU